CUAAACGGUGCAUCGAAGACACAAAGUUGCAUUUGUGCCACUUGCGACGUAUUUUUGCUUGACAAAGAGCUUUCGCCAUGUCGUACAACACUUCAGGAAAUCUCCGAAACGACGGGACUUUCACGGCGGCGGGAAAGGGCAAAGUCUGCAUUCCCACGAAAGAUAAAAACCUGCAAUUCAAGAAACUCAAGGCCAUUCAAUCAAACCAGGUUUGCUUCGAUUGUCCGGCUCCUCGUCCAACUUGGGCGUCUGUGACUUAUGGUGCGUGAAAAGAAUCUAUAAACUCAACACUGCUGUAUCCGCAUUUUUGAUAGCGAGGUGGAGUGCAAUACGUCUCUUUUUGAAAACGUGCCGGAACAACUUAUUUGUGUUGUAUGGAUACAGGAAAGCAAACAUGCAGUCACUUUCCAAACCGAAUCCGCUGACACUGUUUCGAUUCUUCCAUGUGACGGUACACUUGCAGGAGUAUUUUUGUGCCUGGACUGCUCGGCCACCCAUCGAAAUAUGGGGGUCCACACCACGUUUGUGCGAUCCGUAGACUUGGAUGAAUGGACGCAACGGCAAAUCGAUGCCAUGCGAUUGGGUGGAAAUGCUAAUGCACGAAAGUACUUUCGGAGCCACGGAUUGACAGACAUGCACGGGAAGAUAGAAAAAAAAUAUACGGGAAAAGCCGCCCGGGCGUACCGGGCCGAAUUGGACAAACAAUUGGACAUUGCUGCCGCCAAACGCGGGGAAGAAACAGCAUCGGGAGCAGUUGCCUCCACCGGUGGCUUGCUCGAGAACUUGUCGCUUCAGGAUCAGCAAAAGGCGGCCGCUGUAUCGCAAACAGCUGUCGUGAAACCAGUUGCGCCGGCUGUUCCAACGGCCAAGAAAGCCUCGGAGCUAGCGGGAGCAAAGGGCAAGUUGGUGGUCACACCGCCCAGUAGCGGCAAUCUUCUUCGGAAGCCUACGACUUCCUUGAAGACUGGAUCGCUGGGAAUGCUCCGAAAACCCGUUGGGAAAACAAUGAAUACUAAGAUGCUCCUAAAAAAGCCGAGUGGCGGUACCACCAGUAGCGUGAAAUUGCGAUUGAACAAGCUUCCGGUAGACGACAAAAUGACAGGUUUUGAUGACAUGGAAGAGAAGCCUGCGAUCACAGCUCCAGCCACGGCACCCAAACCAAUUGUAGCCCCAGUAGUGGCUCCUGUGGCACCAGUGGAAGUAAAGAAGGAGCCUCCAAAACCGAAACUAUCGGCCAUGCAAAGUGGAGUUUCACGGAUGCAAAGCAUGAACAGCGAUUUCUUUUCGGGCAUUUAAUUGCGAUCAUUCGCAACAAAUCAUAUUUCAUACA